AUGCUAAGAUAUGUGGGCUUCAGUCACCGGCAAGAGGAGGUGGCCAAGUUGGAGAAGCACUUGAUGCUUCUCCGACAGGAGUAUGUCAAGCUGCAGAAGAAAUUGGCAGAGACAGAGAAGAGAUGCACCCUUUUGGCUGCGCAAGCAAACAAGGAAAGCAGCAAAGAGUCCUUCAUCAGCCGCCUGCUGACGAUUGUGGCCGACCUCUACGAGCAGGAGCAGUAUAGUGAUCUGAAGAUAAAGGUUGGGGGCAGGCACAUCAAUGCUCACAAGUUUGUCCUGGCGGCCCGCAGUGACAGCUGGAGUCUGGCCAGUUUGUCUUCCACCGAGGAGCUGGACCUGUCAGAUGCUAACCCUGAGGUGACCAUGACAAUGCUUCGCUGGAUCUAUACGGAUGAGUUGGAGUUCAGAGAAGAUGAUGUGUUCCUGACUGAGCUGAUGAAACUAGCUAAUCGGUUUCAGCUACAGCUCCUUAGGGAGAGAUGUGAGAAGGGUGUGAUGUCCCUGGUGAAUGUCAGGAACUGUAUCCGCUUCUAUCAGACUGCGGAGGAACUGAAUGCCAGCACGCUGAUGAACUACUGUGCAGAAAUUAUUGCAAGUCAUUGGGAUGACUUACGAAAGGAGGACUUCAGCAGCAUGAGUGCUCAGUUGUUAUACAAAAUGAUCAAGUCCAAGACUGAGUACCCAUUACAUAAAGCUAUCAAAGUGGAGAGAGAAGAUGUGGUCUUCCUUUAUCUAAUUGAAAUGGAUUCACAGCUCCCUGGGAAGCUGAAUGAGUUGGAUCAUAACGGAGAUCUUGCUUUAGAUCUAGCCCUUUCACGACGACUAGAGAGUAUCGCCACCACUCUGGUUAGUCACAAAGCUGACGUGGACAUGGUGGACAAGAAUGGCUGGAGCUUGUUACAUAAAGGCAUCCAAAGAGGAGAUCUCUUUGCUGCCACUUUCCUCAUUAAGAACGGGGCCCUUGUCAAUGCUGCUACGUUGGGUGCCCAGGAGACACCGUUGCACCUUGUAGCAUCGUACAGUUCAAAAAAACACUCAGCAGAUGUGAUGUCCGAGAUGGCACAGAUUGCAGAGGCCCUCCUGCAGGCUGGUGCCAACCCCAACAUGCAGGACAGCAAGGGCAGGUCUCCCUUACACUUGUCCAUCAUGGCCAGGAAUGAAUACGUGUUCAACCAGUUGCUGCAGUGUAAACAAUUAGAUUUAGAGCUGAAAGACCAUGAGGGCAGCACAGCUCUGUGGCUUGCCGUGCAGUACAUCACUGUGUCUUCCGACCAGUCCGUAAAUCCCUUUGAAGACCUCCCUGUGGUAAAUGGGACUUCAUUUGAUGAAAACAGCUUUGCGGCCAGACUCAUUCAGCGUGGCAGCAACACCAACGCACCUGAUACAAUAACAGGAAAUUGCUUAAUACAGCGGGCGGCUGAAGCAGGAAAUGAGGCAGCAGCUCUUUUCCUGGCAACCAAUGGUGCCCACGUCAACCACAGAAACAAGUGGGGAGAAACCCCGUUGCACACGGCCUGUCGGCAUGGCCUGGCCAACCUCACUGCAGAGCUUCUGCAGCAGGGAGCCAACCCAAACCUACAGACGGAGGAGGCCCUGCCUUCACCAAAGCAGCCUGCAUCCUUGCCCAGCUUAGCGGACAGCAGCGUCUACCUGCAGACACCACUGCACAUGGCGAUUGCCUAUAAUCAUCCAGAUGUGGUGUCUGUCAUCCUGGAGCAAAAAGCUAAUGCUCUUCAUGCCACCAACAACCUGCAAAUUAUUCCGGACUUCAGCCUCAAGGAUUCCCGAGACCAAACUGUGCUGGGCCUGGCAUUAUGGACUGGCAUGCACACGAUCGCAGCCCAGCUGCUGGGCUCCGGGGCUUGCAUCAACGACACCAUGUCAGACGGGCAGACCUUGCUGCACAUGGCCAUGCAGCGACAGGACAGCAAGAGCGCGCUCUUUCUCCUGGAGCACCAGGCGGACAUAAACGUCAGGACUCAGGAUGGGGAGACGGCUCUUCAGCUGGCCAUCAGAAAUCAGCUUCCCCUUGUCGUGGAUGCCAUAUGCACCCGAGGAGCUGACAUGUCUGUGCCAGAUGAGAAGGGGAACCCCCCACUGUGGCUUGCGCUGGCAAAUAAUCUGGAGGACAUCGCAUCCACUCUGGUCAGACAUGGCUGUGACGCCACGUGCUGGGGCCCAGGACCUAGUGGGUGCCUUCAGACACUGCUGCACAGAGCCAUUGAUGGAAACAACGAGUCUAUCGCCUGCUUUCUUAUUCGCAGUGGCUGCGAUGUGAAUAGUCCCAGACAGCCUGGUGCUAAUGGAGAAGGAGAGGAAGAGGCCAGAGAUGGGCAGACCCCCUUGCAUUUGGCAGCAUCCUGGGGGCUGGAAGAGACGAUACAGUGUCUUCUGGAGUUUGGUGCCAAUGUAAAUGCACAGGAUGCAGAAGGAAGAACGCCUGUCCAUGUGGCCAUCAGCAACCAACACGGCGUCAUCAUUCAGCUGCUGAUUUCCCACCCUGACAUCCACCUGAAUGUCCGAGACAGGCAGGGCCUGACCCCCUUUGCCUGUGCCAUGACCUACAAGAACAACAAAGCGGCCGAGGCCAUCCUGAAACGAGAGUCCGGGGCUGCUGAGCAGGUGGAUAACAAGGGCCGGAAUUUUCUUCACGUGGCAGUUCAGAACUCUGAUAUCGAAAGUGUGCUCUUCCUGAUCAGCGUCCAGGCUAACGUGAAUUCCAGAGUCCAGGAUGCUUCCAAGUUGACCCCUUUGCACCUUGCUGUCCAAGCAGGCUCAGAGAUUAUUGUCCGCAAUUUGCUUCUUGCAGGAGCCAAAGUGAAUGAAUUAACCAAGCACCGCCAGACCGCCCUCCAUCUUGCUGCCCAGCAGGACCUUCCCACCAUUUGCUCAGUCCUCUUGGAGAAUGGAGUGGACUUUGCUGCUGUGGAUGAGAAUGGAAAUAAUGCUCUUCAUCUUGCUGUCAUGCACAGCCGGCUCAACAACAUCCGGGUCCUCCUGACAGAGUGCACCGUGGAUGCUGAAGCCUUUAAUCUACGAGGCCAGUCGCCACUGCACAUUUUGGGACAGUAUGGCAAGGAGAACGCAGCAGCCAUCUUUGAUCUCUUCUUAGAGUGCAUGCCUGAGUAUCCUCUGGAUAAACCAGAUGCAGAAGGAAACACAGUGCUGCUCUUGGCAUACAUGAAAGGGAACGCCAACUUGUGCCGUGCCGUUGUCCGCUCGGGUGCUCGCCUGGGGGUGAACAACAACCAAGGGGUCAACAUCUUCAACUACCAGGUUGCCACCAAGCAGCUGCUGUUUAGACUCUUAGAUAUGCUGUCCAAGGAGCCUCCGUGGUGUGACGGCUCCAAUUGCUAUGAGUGUACUGCCAAGUUUGGAGUCACAACUCGCAAACAUCACUGUCGUCACUGCGGACGUCUUCUUUGCCAUAAAUGCUCGACCAAGGAGAUUCCUAUUAUAAAGUUUGAUCUGAACAAGCCUGUGCGAGUUUGCAACAUUUGCUUUGAUGUACUGACUUUGGGUGGGGUCUCUUAG